GAGACUACCAAAGCGGGGGAGAUACAGGAGGUCCCUUUUCUGGGCGCUGCUGGGAAACCUGGUGCGCCGGCUGUAUGGGUUUGUCGCCAGCCGCCGCUUCCCAUUCAUCCAGCAAGCGAGGCGAAAUCCCGCUCCGGGCUUCUCUUUGGCUGUUGUUGUUUUCCUGCCCACGCACGCCGAUGUAGUUUCUCGCACUCGUUGCGUUCACACACAGAGAGGGGGGAGACACACACCGGCGCGCCCGCGCCGCUCCGGAUUGCCCCGGCAGUGCAGCGUGGUUGGUGAAUCGCCGGUCUAUUCCACCCGUCGCGUUUGGCUCGGGCGCAGCAGCUCCUCCCCUUGGCGGUGCUACCCGCUUACUUGAUCAGAUCCUCGAACGUGCACCGUUUCACUGAAAAGCACUUUUUUUAAAAAAAAAGAAAGGAAAAAAGAAAGAAAGGAAAGAGAGAGAGAGAGAGAGAGACGGGGGGAAAAUCCACCAACAGGGCACGAACAGAUUCCAACUACGGGAGUUUUUACAAAAUAAAUAAAUAAAAGCUGCCCGCCGUCUCCGAGGCUGAGGAAAAGGUGGAAGAAGAGACCUUUGGCGGCGAGAUAAUCAUAAUAAUCAGCCGGCUUUCCCCUCCCUCCCUCCCGUUGGAAGGGAUCCCCCUCCAAAGCCUCCAAGUCCCCCUGCAAGGUAUGGAGAGAGGGGCCGGCUGGUCCUCCGGCUGCUACGUUGCCUGGAUCGCCUCGGCGUGGCUUUUGCUCGGCGCUGGGCGCUUCACCGGCGCUGAGCUAACUUGCCGGUCUUGCUUUUCUGCUUCUCCGGCUCCGGCAUCUUUUCGGGGGAAGCUGCUGCAGCCGCCGCCGUCGCCGCUGGAGGUGCCUCGGGGAGUGGCUCUCGGGCCAAGCGGUGGCGAGGAAGGGCAAAGCCUGCAGGGGACACCCUGCGGAGGAUGGGGCGUCGGGAGCCACGAAGGAGGGGAGAAUGGCCGAGAGACGGCGGAGCUCCGAGAGGCUCGGGGCUUGGGAAGGGGGCAGUCGCCGGCCGAAGGGGUGGCAGGGCUGGGCUGCGUGGCCCCCGAGGUCGUCCGGAAGGGAUCUAGGAGGGCGCGGAGGAGCCCCACGCCCGGUCAACUCUGGGGUGCGCUGAAGGGCAGCGGAGGAUCCUCGGCUCUGGGCUACAAGGGGGUGCAGGUGUUUCCCGGAGAUGCCCGGGGGGGAGGCCCUUCCGUCGGGGUCACGCCCAACGGCCCCUCUCGACCGCCCCGGGCGAAGAGGACCAGCGAGGACCAGCGGCCUUUCGCCCCGGACCAUCUCGGGGCAGAAGGAGACGGCUGGGCGGCCUCCUUCCCCGACGGCCAGAGAGGCACGCGAGCGCAAAGCAGAGGCUCAAAGGAGGACGGCCGGCCGGGCAGGCAGCGAGGAAGCGGCGAGGAGCUGCAAUUGACCAGCACGACCUUUGCCCUGGCCGGGGACGCGGCCCACAACCAAGCCAUGGUGCACUGGUCCGGCUACAACAGCAGUGUGAUUCUCAUUCUUACCAAGCUGUAUGACUUCAACUUGGGAAGUGUUACUGAAAGCUCACUGUGGAGAUCCACAGAUUAUGGUACCACCUAUGAAAAACUAAAUGACAAGGUGGGAUUGAAGACAGUGCUGAGUUACCUCUAUGUCAGUCCUACGAAUAAGAGGAAGAUAAUGCUCCUGAGUGACCCUGACAUUGAAAGUAGCAUACUGAUCAGUAAUGAUGAAGGUGCUACCUAUCAAAAAUAUCGACUCAGUUUCUACAUCCAAAGUCUGCUCUUCCAUCCUAAGCAAGAGGACUGGAUUCUGGCCUACAGCAUUGAUCAAAAGCUUUAUAGCUCUAUGGAUUUUGGAAGAAGAUGGCAGAUCAUGCAUGAACGAAUCACACCAAACAGGUUUUACUGGUCUGUCUCAGGUCUGGAUAAGGAGCCUGACCUUGUACACAUGGAGGCUCGGACAACAGAUGGACAUGCCCACUAUAUUACCUGUAGGAUUCAAGAAUGUUCAGAGACUACCAGGAGUGGACCCUUUUUGCGCUCUAUUGACACAAGUUCACUUGUUGUCCAAGAUGAAUACAUCUUCAUCCAGGUGACUUCUGGUGGAAGAGCAAAUUAUUAUGUGUCCUACAAAAGGGAGCCCUUCACUCAGAUAAAAUUACCCAAAUACUCACUGCCAAAGGACAUGCACAUUAUCAGCACUGAUGAAAAUCAGGUGUUUGCUGCCGUUCAGGAGUGGAAUCAGAAUGACACUUACAACCUUUACAUCUCUGACACCCGUGGAAUCUACUUUACCUUGGCCUUGGAGAAUGUUAAACGCAGCCAAGGACUAGAGGGGAAUAUCAUUAUUGACCUUUAUGAGGUAGCAGGUAUCAAAGGCAUAUUCCUAGCAAACAAGAAAGUGGAGAAUCAAAUUAAGACUUUUAUCACCUACAACAAAGGGAGAGACUGGCGUUUGUUGCAGGCUCCAGAUACUGAUUUGAGAGGAGAACCCAUACACUGUCUGCUGCCUUUCUGUUCCUUGCACUUGCACUUACAAAUUUCAGAAAAUCCCUAUACUUCAGUCAGCAUCUCAAGCAAAGAGACAGUUCCUGGACUUUUAAUUGCCACAGGAAAUGUGGGUCCAGAACUAUCAUCCACAGAGAUUGGCAUGUUUAUUUCUUCGGAUGGUGGAAAUUCCUGGAGACAGAUCUUUGAGGAAGAAUAUAAUGUAUGGUUUCUUGACUGGGGUGGAGCACUUGUAGCUAUGAAGCAUACAUCAAUGCCCAUUCGCCAUUUGUGGGUGAGUUUUGAUGAAGGAAGAAACUGGAAUAAAUAUGGCUUCACAUCAGCACCACUCUUUGUGGAUGGGUCCCUAGUGGAACCAGGCAUAGAAACACAGAUAAUGACAAUCUUUGGCCAUUUCAGUCUCCGCUCAGAGUGGCAAUUAGUAAAAGUGGACUAUAAAUCCAUCUUUAACCGGAGGUGCACCAAGGAUGACUUCCAGACAUGGCACCUACACAACCAGGGUGAACCUUGUGUUAUGGGAGAGAGGAAGAUCUAUAAAAAACGUAAGGCAGGGGCGUGGUGUGCACUGAACAGAGAGUAUUCGAGAACAGUGGUCUCCGAACCUUGCAUCUGCGCUGAAUGGGACUUUGAAUGUGACUAUGGCUAUGAAAGACACGGUAAUAAUCAAUGUAUCCCAGCAUUCUGGUUCAACCCAUCAUCCCAGAUGAAAGAUUGCAGCCUUGGACAGAGCUACCUGAACAGCACUGGGUAUCGGCAGAUCGUUUCUAAUAACUGCACUGAUGGGCUCAGGGAUAAAUAUGCAGCCAAGCCGGAACAGUGCCCAGGCAAACCUCCCCGGGGUCUGCAUAUUCUCACAUCCAAUGGCAAGCUGGUAGCUGAACAAGGAUACAACACUACUUUUAUAAUCCUCAUGGAAGAGGGUGAUCUUCAGAGGACAAACAUUCAACUAGAUUUUGGAGAUGGUACAGCAGUGUCCUAUGCUAAUUUCAGCCCCAUAGAGGAUGGCAUCCGACACAUCUACAAGAGCACUGGAAUAUUCCAAGUAACAGCAUAUGCAGAAAACAACCUGGGUUCUGAUCUGGCAUCACUUUUCUUGCACGUGGUCUGUCCUGUGGAGCGUGUCCAUUUGAGUGCCCCCUUUGUGGCCAUUAGAAAUAAGGAAGUCAAUCUCACUGCUGUGGUUUGGCCCAGUCAGUCCGGUACCCUCACAUACUUCUGGUGGUUUGGCAACAACACAAAGCCAUUCAUCACCUUGGACAGCAGCAUCUCUUAUACUUUUACUACUGAAGGGAUGAAUACUGUCACAGUGCAGGUAUCAGCUGGUACCAUGCUCAUCCAGGACACCAAGGAUAUUGCUGUUCAGGAAUAUUUCCAGUCUCAAUUAUUAUCGUUCUCUCCUAAUUUGGAUUAUCACAACCCUGACAUCCCUGAGUGGAGAGAGGAUAUCAGUAGAGUCAUCAAGAGAGCACUGGUGCAGGUGACUGGUAUUCCUGAAGAACAAGUUCUGGUGGCGGUAUUCCCUGGCUUGCCCACUGCUGCUGAGUUGUUCAUCUUGCCCCAUCAAAACAUAUCAGAAAGAAGGAAAGGUAGUGAAGGUGACCUGGAACAGGCUGUUGAAACCCUCUUCAAUGCUUUGAACCAGAACCUGGUACAGUUUGAGUUGAAACCUGGUGUGGAAGUAAUUGUGUAUGUCACUCAACUAACGUUAGCACCUCUCGUUGACUCUGGAGCUGGGCAUAGCAGUUCAGCAAUGCUGAUGUUGCUGUCAGUGGUCUUUGUGGGCUUGGCUGUCUUUUUAAUCUACAAAUUUAAAAGGAAAAUCCCAUGGAUUAACAUCUAUGCUCAGGUCCAACAUGACAAGGAACAGGAAAUGAUUGGUUCUGUCAGCCAAAGUGAAAAUGCUCCCAAAAUCACCCUGAGUGAAUUCACAGACCCUGAAGAACUCAUGGAUAAGGAGCUGGACACACGAGUUAUAGGAAGUAUCUCAACAAUCUCCAACAGCGAAAGCACAAAGGAAAUCCCCAACUGCACUAGUGUUUAAUACCAGGAACCCACUUUGACAACUUCAUUUCUGAAUUUUUAUUUUUAAUUAAUAUUAUUGUUGUUAUUAUUACAAAGGAAUAUGUCAUUAUUAUUAUUAAUUAUUAUUAUGUUUGAUAUCACAGCAGCUAGUUAAUUAUUAUAUUAUUGGUGCAGGGCGUGGGUGCUUUUUCUCCCCAGGGCCACAUUCAUAAAUUCAGCAUACAGAGAAAAAAACCCCCAAUCCUGUGUCAUAGUGGAAACAGUGCAUAAGGCCAUGAACUUUAAGACAAAUUUUCUGUUUCCCUAUCCAGCAAAAAUUUGUUCUACUCUGCUGGUGGCAGUAUAAGAAGGCUAUUUAAAUGUCUUCGUGUUGGACUUGCUCAUGUAGACUGCAGGCUCAACACUUUAUGCCCUGUUCGAUUCAGUCCACUGAGUGUAUUAUCUUGUAUAUGUUUAAAAGUGGGAAUUAAAUCUCCUGAGGAUAGUUGUUUGGGUUCUCAUGAGGGUCGGCAGGAUGCACAAAAUGGCUGCAGACAAGCCAAGUUUAUGAAUGAGGCCCUUACUGGUGCAUGUUAAUACUGAGGAUACCUAUGGCAUACUGUAGAUAAUUACCAUGUAAAUACCUUUUUUAUUUCUUGGGAAAUAAUUGUUUAGUAAAAGAGAAAUUUAAAAUAAAUAGACCAUGCACACAUCUUUGCAUACAUAAGAAGCAAAACAGUUCACUGAGAACUUGCAGUGAGCAACAGUGUCACACAUGGGUUCUGAUUGUGUACCAGUUGUCUGUCACAUUUAACAAGUUUUGCUUUUGCUUUGGUUAGCAUUAGAAAGGGUAGUUGCAUCAUAACCACAUCUUGCACUAAGUUGUAGCGGGAAGCCACAAUGAAAGUAGUUUCAUCCUGUUUGAUUUACAGAUUGUGUAGGAAAGGGUAGCUUAGUAAAGAAAAAGAUCAGAUAAAGGGUAGCUUAGU